AUGAAGGAACAUUUGCAAGCACCAUAUACUGAAUGGGUCAAAAUUAAUGUGGAUGGGUCGGUGCUAAUGAGUAAUUUGAGGGCGGCCAUUGGUGGAGUAAUAAAAGGUCCAAUUGGAGGCUGGAUGGUGGGUUUCAAAAUGGUGACAGACAUUUUUCAAAUCGAGGCAUUGGCAAUGUUGGAAGGAUUGAAAUUAACUUGGUCAUGGGGUUUUCAAAAGUUAGAGAUUGAAAGUGAUAAUGCUCUGCUAAUUGACACCUUGUGCAAUGGAUCAACAAUAGUCAGUAAUAUAGACGAAGUUAGAAUGAUUCAUGAAUGGUUCUACAAGGAUUGGGAGGUUAAAUGCUGA